AUGGGGAUCCAUGGGAUUGGGAUCCGGAUUUUUCAGGAAACAUACCACCCCAGGUUCAUCCAGAAGCUCCUCCAGGACGGGGGGUUGCUGUCCCCCCUCCUCCUGCGCCUGAUGAACUUCUUCUUCUUCUCCAGAGGGCUUGGAGCAGUUUUUGGGCCCCACACACAGCCCUCCCAGGCGGAAUUCUGGGAUAUGUGGACGGCGGUGCGGAAUAACGACGGGAAUCUUGUCAUGGACAGUGUUUUGCAGUACAUCAACGAGAGGAAGCAGCACAGUGGCCGCUGGGUCGGGGCUCUGGUGUCCACCUCUGUCCCACUGCAUCUCAUCUACGGCCCCCUGGACCCUGUGAAUCCACACCCGGAGUUUCUCCAGCUUUACAGGAAGCUGCUUCCCAUGUCCACAGUGUCCGUGCUGGAUGACCACAUCAGCCACUAUCCCCAGCUGGAGGAUCCCACGGGAUUCCUGAACUCGUACCUCAACUUCAUCAACUCCUUCUGAGCUGCUGCCGCUCCAGUUCUCGCCCUCUGCUUCCCAGUCAGGCUUUGGGGGGCAGGAAAAAACCUUGGCUUUACCUCCCAGAGCCAACACUUUGAACUCAGGGCUGCACUCGGGCAGUUAAACCCUUUGGAACACCGGGAAAACAUCAGGCAGGUGUGGGAAAAGCAAAGAGUUCCGGGAUGCCAACAGCUCUCCCACCCUCUGGACCGGCCUAACCCUGGAUUUAGAGGUGAACUCAGCAUUAAAUCAGUGUUUCUUCCUUCCUCCCUCACCCUGGCUUGGUAAAGAAACACCAGCUCAGCAGCAGAGAGGUCCCUCCAUCCCCUCCCCUUCCCAGUUUUUGCUAUGGGAUGUUUCCCAUUCCAGCCCAGUACAGGCUGCACCGGUGUUGGGAAUUACCUGACAUAAACCUGCCUCAGGAGAUGAAGUUCCAUCUCUUUUGCACAUGGAUUUUCCCACC